CAACUAGAACCGUCAAAAAUGGUUGCUCCAGUAGCCUCCACAGUACGUGCGGUGCCCAAAGUUAAAGCUUGGCGUCCCAUACCAGCCCAAUGGAAACCCCUACCCUUUCUGGCGUAACUUGUUACGCACAGACUUCCGUGACUGAGCCCGGGACGUCCAUAGACGUGGCCGUCUAUCCCGUGCUGCGUUCGCUGGCGCAGUGUCCCGUGUGGAGAGAGAGAGAGAGAGAGGGAGAAGUUUGCUCUGCCUGCAUCGCAGCCUCGGUGCUGCUGGAAUCGAACACAACAAUGGCGACUCCCAGUUCCAGCAGCAACUCAACAACCUCCAGCGGAAACAGCAACAUUGCAGGAUCCACCUCGCACCACCAUCACCCGCAAACACAACACAUGACCACCGUCAGCAGCAUGCAAGAAAGCAACACGUGCUGGAGGUGUCAAAACGAAACAGGUAAACGUAAAGCCCUGAAGCUGAACUUCGCCAACCCUUCAGUGAAGCCAGCUACCAGGUUGCCCCUCAACCCCUCACCUUCAACUGCCCCUUCCUUCCAGAACCCACACAUAGAGCGUAUGAGGACACACAGUAUCGAGUCGUCGGGGAAGCUGAAGAUUUCUACGGAGAAUGCCUGUGACUUCACGGCCGAGGACCUGAGGGACCUGGGGGAGAUCGGCCGCGGGGCCUACGGCUCCGUCAACCAGAUGCAGCACAAACCCAGUGGACAGAUCAUGGCCGUCAAGAGGAUCCGCUCCACGGUGGAUGAGAAGGAGCAGAAGCAGCUGCUGAUGGAUCUAGACGUGGUGAUGAGGAGUAGUGACUGUCUCUACAUCGUUCAGUUCUACGGAGCUCUCUUCAGAGAGGGUGACUGUUGGAUAUGUAUGGAACUAAUGUCUACCUCAUUCGACAAAUUCUACAAAUGUGUAUAUGGUUCGUUAGAUGACGUCAUUCCGGAGGAAAUAUUAGGCAAAAUUACAUUAGCAACCGUUAAAGCGCUGAACCACUUAAAAGAAAACUUGAAAAUAAUUCACAGAGACAUCAAACCUUCCAACAUUCUCAUGGACCGUAACGGUAACAUCAAGUUAUGUGACUUUGGCAUCAGCGGUCAGCUGGUGGACUCUAUAGCCAAGACCAGAGACGCAGGCUGCAGACCCUACAUGGCACCGGAGAGGAUCGACCCCAGUGCAUCCAGACAAGGCUACGACGUCCGAUCUGACGUCUGGAGUUUGGGGAUAACCCUGUAUGAGUUGGCCACCGGCAGAUUCCCGUACCCCAAGUGGAAUAGCGUGUUUGAUCAGCUGACCCAGGUGGUGAAGGGCGAGCCGCCGCAGCUCUGCAACUCUGAGGACAGACAGUUCUCCCCCAAGUUCAUCAACUUUGUCAAUUUAUGCCUCACAAAGGAUGAGUCAAAACGGCCCAAGUACAAGGAGCUCCUGAAACACCCGUUCAUCCUGAUGUACGAGGAGCGGUUUGUGGACGUGGCCAGCUACGUGUGUCGUAUCCUGGACCAGAUCCCUGCCUCCCCUAUCUCCCCUAUGACCUGAGCCCUAGGACCGUGCCCCAGGACUACCUGACAUGAUGACUCCUUGCUGUCCCCGGUCCACCUGACUGUGCUGCUGCUCCAGUUUCAACUGUUCUGCCUUGUUAUUAUUCGAUCAUGCUGGUCAUUUAUGAACAUUUGAACAUCUUGGCCAUGUUCUGUUAUAAUCUCCACCCGGCACAGCCAGAAGAGGACUGGCCACCCCACAUAGCCUGGUUCCUCUCUAGGUUUCUUCCUUGGUUUUGGCCUUUCUAGGGAGUUUUCAUUGCUUGCUGUUUGGGGUUUUAGGCUGGGUUUCUGUACAGCACUUUGAGAUAUCAGCUGAUGUACGAAGGGCUAUAUAAAUAAAUUUGAUUUGAUUUGAGUUUCACUUCCCCACCCGCCAUUUUUAAAAAGACCAGACAGGGCUCAUUGCCUUCUUGAAUCAUGCAGAAACGGGCAGCGUGGAGGUCAUGUCAUUUAUUCUGUUGGAAAGGGGAGAAAUUGUGCUUUACAAUGGUAUUGACAUUACAGUUGAUCUGGAAGUAUUACGUUUUUGGGUGCUAAAAUACGGGCAAUUGUACGGACCAAGGCGAUGUACGAGUUUACGCAAGUUUACGUUAGCUAGCUAGUAACUUUAGCUAGACACUAAUGUAAUCUCACUCACGUUUGUACAUCGCCUUGGUCCGUACAAUUGACCUUAUUUUAGCGCCCCCAAAAAUGUAAUACUUCCAGAUCAACUGUAAUGUCAAUACCAUUGUAAAACACAAUUUCUCCCCUUUCCAACACAAUCAAUGACAUGACCUCCAUGCUGCCCGUUUCUACAUGACUCAAGAAGGCAAAGAGCUCCUUCGGGUCUUUGGCGGGUGGGGAAGCUAAACUAAUGCGUGAUAGUGAGAAGGAGAGAUGUCGUGUGUGAAAAUGGUUUUUCCCCCCACUCAAUCUGUC